GUCAGGGUUGGUCAAGUGAUAAGCCUAGCUGUCUUGCAUUGCAUCCAUCAGGGUUUCAAUUAAUAAUUGGGUUCCCCGAGCGCGUGCGUCUCUUUUCUGUUCUUUUUCAGGCGUUGAAGCUACUUCACGAGCUACCGCUCAUCAAAUGCGUUACCGUAAUAAUUUACUCCGCGAUUUCUAUGGCACAAUUGCAGACGUUCACGGGACACCUCCUGCCCGUGCGCUAUGGGAACGUCUAUGGUUGGGAUCUUGUCGAUAUGGCGCGCAUCGAAGAGGCUUCCCAACUAAAUCAUGCCAGUCCUUACCACGCUAUAGCCGCCCAUAUCCCACCCCGAGGCGGGAGCCUGUUCAAUGGGCUAGCAUGUACGCAUUCGGCUGCCCGUGUGAUCGGGGCGUCCACGGAUGGGAUCCUGAAGGAAGUUUGCUGGAAUGUAGGAACUGGUGACAUUGCCCAGACCCGGGAUUUGAAAUUAAAUGCAGAAGAUAGUGGCGAUCUCAAUACUGGAGCGAAUAGCCUGCCAGUGAUAUUUACAGCUUUGGCUGUCGCGUCGUCUUCGCAGUUUUUAUUCGCUGGGACAUCUUCCGGAGCAAUCCGCGCAUUCGACUGGCCCACGAUCGCGGCUGAAGAUGGAUCUUUGCGCGACUAUUAUGAAUUUCCAGCUCACGCUGGUAACAUAAUCGCACUUCGCAUCGCGGCUGAGGACUCUCUCUUGCUUUCAGCAGGAGAUGAUGGUGUUGUCUUUGUGUUCAUG